GGAAGCAGCGCCCAGAUUUUCCCCAGGUGUGGCCCCAGGUAUAAAGGGCACCACAGGCCAGCCGCCGCCAGGUCAAUCACCAGGGACGUGCUGGAGCCGGGAGCCCAGAGCCCAGCCCCUGCUGCAAUGCUCCUCCCUGGCCUCCUGCUUCUGCUCUGGCUUCCUGCCAGCCUGGCUCGCCACAGCCCCUCUCUCCAGGUGGGGGCCCACAGCCACCCCCACAGCCCUGGGACCCUGCGCUGCUACUCCGCAGAGGAGCUGCCCCUGGGCCACGCCCCCCCACACCUGCUGGCUCGAGCUGCCAAGUGGGAGCAGGCGUUGCCAGUGGCCCUGGUGUCCAGCCUGGAGGCGGUAGGCCGCAGGAGGAGGCACAUAGGGGCCCCGGCCGGGUCUCAGUGCCCCGUGCUGCAGCCGGGAGAGGUGCUGGAAGCUGAUGUCCACCAGCGCUCCAUCUCGCCCUGGAGAUACCGCGUGGACACAGAUGAGAGCCGCUACCCACAGAAGCUGGCUUUCGCUGAGUGCCUGUGCCGGGGCUGUAUCAGCGCCAAGACGGGCCGCGAGACGGCCGCACUCAACUCGGUGCCGCUGGUCCAGAGCCUCCUGGUGCUACGCCGCCGGCCCUGCUCCCAGGACGCCAUGGGGGUGCCCACGCCUGGGGCCUUCACCUUCCAUGCCGAGUUCAUUCGCGUGCCCGUGGGCUGCACCUGUGUCCUGCCCAGGUCGGCCCAGUGACUGCCGCUUGGCUCCUGAACUGGCCUCCAGGGAGGCCCUCCUAUUUAUGUGUAUUUAUCGGUUAUUUAUGUGCCCCUUGGGUCUCGGGCAGGUACGAGGCUCCAGGAAGGGCUGGCUCCAGGAAAGGCUGGGGUGGGGAGGGGGGCGGGGGCCUGCGGCCGGCAGCCCCCACCUUGAAAGACAGUUUACCCUUUUACAGAAACAGCUGGGCUAUAAGGAACAUUUUCACUGUUCUAGGACUUGUUAAAACACCUACAGAAAAGGGGAACUGUGUUCUGAUGGCUGCCUCCACCUCCAGGCCCCUGGGCGCCCCUCACCCCAGCCCUUUGGGAGGAGAAAGUACCCCUGUGUUUCUAAAACAGCUUUUUGUUUUCCACGUGAAUCUAUGUUGUUUACUUGAUAAACUGCCCCCAGAACACAGACCUGAAUGGCACAGAGGUUAGUGAGUGAAGCCCCUCUCUUUCACCCCCGCCAGGCCCUCUAUACCCAUCUGGGGCCCAAGGGGCAGUCACUGACCACUGCCCGCCAGGGGCAGCCACUAGUGUGGUGUGUCCUAGAAAGAUCUGUGCGUGAACCCAGGUGCACCCAGGGCGGGGUGGGUUUCAACAGAAGAGCCCAAUUUUGCCCUGACGGAUGAGCAGUGGCUCCCGGGCCUGGCGAUGGGCCACACUCCCAAAGCCCAGCCCUCUAUUCACAGACAUGGCUGUGGUCCCUGGGGACCACCUCCCUGCCCCACGGAUGGGUGUCCUCAGGGUAACUUCAGGGCAAGUGGUCAACUCAGGGGAACACAUCUUUAACCUGGCUGAGUCAUGCUCCCCCAGCCCCAACAGGGGCCCAGAAAACUCGACACCCCCCCUAGGGCUUCUGUCCACUGUAGGUGAGCUGCCAGAGAGGGGCAGCCAGGCUUACCAGCUCAGGUGCCCCGUCAGCUACGGAGGAACUGCCCGCCCGCUCAUGGCAGGAUAUCCUGGAUCAGAGCACGUUCCUGGCAGUCUAGAGGCUGAGUGCACAGCCUCAGAGACCUGGCUCAGUCACGACCCCCCUUUAGAAUCUCAGUCUCCCUGCUGCCUGUGCCGCCCUUCAGCUCUGAGGGCUGAUGCUGGGCCGCAGGGCUGUAGGACGGUUGUCUGCACCCCCCUGCCGUUUUCACCCGAUGAUUGACACCUACUGUGUGUAAGGCCCAGGAAGGCGGGAAGGUUUCAGAGAAGGCUUCCUGGAGGUGACUAUGUCGUGAGCCUGGAAGCAGUCUUCAGUCAGCACUUACGCCCUGAGUUUCGGCCACGUGCCCAGCACUGGGGACGGAGCAGUGACAAAAUGCUCAGCCCCCUGCCUGCCCUGCAGGUGACUCACGGCCACAGGACCCGCGGCAAAGUGCUUGGCCUGUCGGUGGUGAACACAUCAGGAAGAGAGGGGCUGCAGUGGAGGCCACCUGAGGACGACCCGGCUGGCCACCCAGGGCCCAUGCUCCAGGCGGAGGGAGCAGCCCAUGCAGCUGUGUCUGGGAGGCCAGGGCGGCUGGAGGCCAGCGGGCAGGGUGAUGGGGUCCAGAGCAGUGGGGCUGGGGUAGGGUGGGGUCUGCCCUGUGUUCCUGUGAGUCUCUGGGCUCUGAGCCAGGCACUGGACAGGCCAGGUAGUGCUGGGAGUGGCCAGGGGGCAGAAAUGGUGAACCCGCUGCAUUUAAGCUGAAGACAGAGUGUUGGUUGAUGGGCAGGGUACCCUCUGGGCCAGAGAUCCCAGAGACCCCGGUUCUGGAACUGUGAGAGGAGGAAGCCAGUGAUUUACGGAUUUUCCCAGACUUUGGGGGACUGGGUACCCAGGAUGGAAGGGCUUCCCAGGCUGCGUGUGAGCUGAUGAGCUUUGGGGCCCCUGCCAUGGCUUGUAUGGUGUGUGUGUGGUGUGUUGGGGGAGUAAGCAGGGGACAUGUGUGGUGUGUGUGUGUGUGUUGCGGAACCAAAUUUGGGUCUCUUGUCUGUUGAUUACCCCCUAUCCUCUCUCACUGUCCUUAAAAACCUUUCCCUGAAAGCCAAGGGGGCUGGGGGUCUUCUGAACGUGAGCCGCUUGGCCUCCUGGCUCAGCACCUGCGAUAAUGCUGCUCUUUCCUUCACCACGACCCAAGUCAGUAGGUUGGCUUUGCUGCACGGGCGUAAGGGGACCUGCAUUUGGUUUGGUAACAGUUUUGGCGACCCAGAGUGGGCGGAAGUUCUUGUGCGGGCAUCUUGCCUGUGGCACAUCGACCCCGGGGUGGCCU